GGUAGUUUGUCUCUGUGGCUCCGGGAGAAGAGUCUGUCUGAAUAAAGACGCCAAAAAUGCGAAGUGACUAGAUGGGAGCCAAGACGUAAAACUAGGGAAGGAGAGAAAGCUGCUGUACUCGGAAGCAUUAAAUCUUGCUGAUCAGUGUUGCCUGUUUUCCUGAUUGCUCCAAAAUAGCAGGUGAGAUCUUUUGUCAAGGAAAAAGUAAAGCAAAGACAUGCGUACUUCUGAGACCUCUGCACAGAGAAAGUGGCUUCAUGAAUAGGAAUGCCUGCCAGAUACCAGAAUUGGAGGUGAUGGAUGAAGAUCAGCAUAUUGAAGACGUCUUGGAUAAGUUUGUUAAUUGUCACGAGCAAACAUAUGAAGAAUUUCUGAGCACUUUCACUCAUCUUUCAAAAGAUAAUGUGACCAAAAGAGGAGCCUUUGGAACCAAUUCUUCAGAAAACAAUUUUACUUCAGUAAAAUUUACUCAGAGAAAUGAACCAAAUGAUCACCAUCUUAGCAAUAAAGCCAGCUUUCUUCGUACUUUGUCACAGUGUUCAGAAGAGGAACAGAUAGUGAUGGAUGAAGGCCAAAAAGUUGGCAGUUCCUUUCAAGGUGAUCUGAAUCGGGCAGGAAAGGUGAAGGUAGACAACUUCCUUGAUUUAGAAGAUUUGGACUUGGAUGAAGAGAUUAAGCCCCAAAUGAAUUUGCUGCUGCUUCCAGGAGAGGUGGAUCAGGACAUGAGCAUGAGUGUCCCUUCUUACAUUCCUUCCGUGGCCCAGCCUCCUAGCUCCGGAGUGAAGCCAAGGCCCACUGGAAAAGGAGCAGACAAACAAAGGGAAGAGAUAGUCGGAGAUGAAGUUCGGCCCUUCUCACUUGAUGAAGAAUUUGAUUAUGACGCUGUGACGCUAACCCCCAAGUUCACUCCUGCAGAGAUAGAUGCCAUCAAAGAGCUAUGCAAGCAAAAGAGAAAGAGCACAGACUUAGAGAAACCCCGGGACUGAUCCACCAAGACAUCUUCGUGUUUAUUUUUAUUUUGUUCUUAUUCGAGCAACAUUAGAAUAAAAUAUAUAC